UGAGUUCGUUUUUGUAAUUAUUGAUAAUUUGCGGCUAAUUACAUACUGCUAAUUUCUGGCCCUCUGUUUUUGACUCAUACUCUUCAAUAAAAAAUUAUUUAUUAAUUUAAAAAACAGACUUUUCCAAAAAUUGAUACGUGAAUCGACUGUUUAUCCAAAUUGUUUUGCGUCGACUGACAAAGUUAAAUGUAAAAUUAUUUGAUACUUCUGUUCAAUAUACGUGCAAUUUGAAAUAAUUAAUAUUAAUUAAUAUUUGUAUUUCCAAAUAUCGACAAUGAUUUUCUAAAUAUGUCCAAAUGAUUUCCUAAUGAUAGAGAAAGUCAAUUAUAGAUUAUGUAAUUAUCAUUUGCUAAGUAUAUGACGCUUAAGCUUGAACUCCAAUUGAAAUCGGUCGUCUCCACAUUGUGUUUUUUCCACUAGACAGCCAUUCAAUUGAGGGUUAUUAAUUGAAUACAAUGUUUCGAAUCUAAUGGAAUUAAAUAAUUCGAAUUGAAUAAACGAGAAGAGUGCUUGUUCGUUAACGGAAAUGAAUUUCUAUACAUGAAAUUUCAAUGUGGCAAUGUCAGCUCAAUGUUUCUGAGUUUUCAAAAUGAAUUAGAACGGAAAGUAACUAGUAAUAAGUGAUAGUGUAAUACAUGUAAAAGAAGUAGAAUAUGGUAAUUAAAUCCACGAAUUAGGGGCUUCUUAUUGCGCGUGUUUAAUGCAUUUCAUCGUAGUCCAAUCAAAUGUUACAAUUUCCGGUUAUUAUGCAGAUAGUGAGUUAAAUUGUUUGUCACAUGUUACCGAAAAUAAGUAGACAUGUGCGGCGCAUGGCAAUGCCUCGAUCAUGGCUAAAGCGCUUCGCAGUCCUGAUCACGGUAUUAAUUAUCAUCUCUGUUUAUAUAUUUAAUGGCCAAUUGAUCGAGAAGAAAACACCAACUUCAAUCACUAUCAUUACACCAAAAACGACCACUAUCGACACUUUUCAAUUGAGUAAAGCUGAUUUCGUUGGGGCGAAUCUACGAAAAAAUUGCGAUCCGAUCCAUAUUGCUCUCGUCUGUGCCGGAUCCAAUGCCAGUCAAUCUUUGACAACAGUAGUCAAGUCAAUCAUGUUCUAUCGCUCUAGACCGCUACACUUUCAUCUUUUGGUGGACGAAAUAUCUAAAAAUAGCCUCGAAACAUUAUUUAAAACGUGGAACUUACCGCAAGUAAAUGUGUCGUUUUAUCCGGUGGAGCCUUGGGUUCCUAGAGUAUCAUGGAUUCCUAAUAAGCAUUACUCAGGUGUUUACGGGCUCUUGAAACUCAUUCUUCCCGAAGCGCUGAGUGAGGAUUACGUUCUAGUUCUCGAUACAGAUGUAACGAUUCUCACAGAUCUCUCCAGUCUCUGGGAUCUGCUCAAUCAAUUUAACAGUCUACACAUGUUGGGGUUAGCUGAGAACCAGAGCGACUGGUACAAGAAAAAUUUGGCAACCGGACAACGUCCCUGGCCCGCUGUAGGCAGGGGAUACAAUACUGGCAUUAUGUUGAUGAAUCUUAAGGCCUUGAGAAUCAACAAUUUUCAUGAUUUGUGGGUGGAUUCAGCAAACGAGGUUUUGCAGAAUAUUUCUAAUUUCACUAGUUUAGCUGAUCAGGAUGUUAUCAAUGCGGUUAUAAAAAAAUAUCCACAUGUUAUUUACACAUUGGACUGUACUUGGAAUGUGCAGUUGAGUGACCAUACCUUGAGUGAACGGUGCUACAUGGACACUGAGAAGAUGAAGAUUCUUCACUGGAAUUCUCCUCGCAAACAAGAAGUCAGGAACAAAUACUCCAGCGACUUCAACCGAAUGCAUCGCGUCUUUCUUGAAAUGGACGGUAACUUACUUCGUCGUCAAUUGUUUCAUUGUAAUCCAGUUCAAACGUCUGAUAACGUAAACCGUACAGAGGCUUGUAGAAAAUUCACGAUGGCUGCGACGGUUGUUUAUAGAACUCAUCCUUUCUUUCUGGCAUAUGAAUACAAUACUCAUUCGACUACGGAUCUUACCCUGGUUACUCAAUGCAGUGCUGACAGAAUUAGUCUGCUGGAUGAAUUGUGCAAACGGUGGCGUGGAACGAUCAGUAUUGCGGUGUAUUUAACUGACGCUGAACUUCAAUAUUUUCUCGAUUUUAUUCACAACUCCGAUACACUAAGAAGGAGAAGGAAUAUCGCUUAUCACAUUGUUUACAAAGAGGGGGAAUAUUACCCUGUGAAUUACCUGAGAAACAUCGCAAUAUCCAGGGUUUCUACACCAUAUAUAUUCCAGGUAGAUGUAGAUUUCCUCCCCCAAGUGGAUCUUUAUGAGAAUCUGCAAUUGUAUAUGAUGAAAUUAAAUCUCACUGAGGUAGACAAAACGGCUCUAAUAGUUGCAGCAUUCGAGACUCAACGUUACAGGUUCACAUUUCCGACUAAUAAAGAUGAACUUCUGAAAUAUCUGAAUUAUGGAAUACUGUAUACAUUUCGUUAUCAUGUUUGGACGAGAGGUCAUGCAGCAACGAAUUAUAAUCUUUGGAAGGUGGCGGUUGAUCCAUACGAAGUUACGUGGGAACCGGAUUUUGAGCCUUACAUCGUAGUAUCCAAAUCCACGCCGCUAUAUGACCAAAGGUUUAUCGGAUUUGGCUGGAAUAAAGUCUCGUACAUCACACACUUAACUGCUCUGGGGUACAAAUACGUUGUAUUGCCGAAUGUGUUUAUUAUUCAUCGACCCCACGGCCCUAGUGCAGAUAUUGGAAAAUUUCGAACAGAUCCAUUGUACCGCAGAUGUUUGAAGAGGCUUAAAGAUGAAUUUAUAGAUGAGCUGAUUACCAAUUAUGGCACGGCAGCCAUUUCCAGAAUAAAAAAAAUGACCAAAGCAUAAUCGAAAUAGACUGUGAGAUUAAUUUCAUAUGGUAAAAGAAUGUAAAAAUAAGUAUAUUGUAUUAUAACAGAAUUUGAAUUAAAAAUAGAAUUUUUUCCUGGG